AUGGCCGCCGCCCCUACCCCCGAACAGAUCGCCAUUGUCAAGUCCACGGCGCCCAUAAUCAAGGAGCACGGCAGGGCCAUCACAGACGCCUUCUACAAGAACCUGCUGUCUGCUCACCCGGGACUUAAAAACUACUUCUCCCUGCGCAAUCAGCAGACUGGGGCGCAGCAGCUGGUCUUGGCCAACGCCGUCUUUGCCUACGCCGCGUACAUCGACGAUCUGGGGAAACUGAGCGAUGCCGUGGAGCGGAUAGCCCAGAAGCAUGCGUCCCUUUUCGUCAAGCCCGAGCACUAUCCCAUCGUGGGACAGUUCCUCGUCGAGGCGUUUGUCCAAGUCCUCGGGAGCGCCGUGACGGACGAGGUCAAGGACGCGUGGAUCGCGGCGUACCAGCAGCUCGCAAACGUCUUUAUUCAGCGCGAGGCACAGCUCUACGGCGAGCACGGCCCGGACUGGCAGUCGUGGCGCAAGUUCGCCAUCGUCGACAAGGAACAAGACUCCGAGGACGUCUUCCACCUCCAUCUCCAACCCACCGACGGGACGCCCUUGCCGCCGUUCCGCGCCGGGCAAUACGUGUCUCUCCAGAUCCCCGUCCCUGAAGCAGAGGGGCUCCUGCAAAGCCGUCAAUUCAGCAUCAGCUCGGCGCCCAUCGACUCCCGUCGUCUGCUGCGAGUGACGGUCAAGAGAGGCAGCACAGUUCUCAACGCGAGCAGCCAGGACGUCUCGGAAGGCAAGGUACCGGGACUCAUCUCCAACACUCUCUUCGAGAGGUACAACGUCGGGGACGAGGUAGAGCUCAGCCCUCCCCGUGGCGUGUUCUCGUUUGAUGCCGAGGCGGCGGACCCUGACGUGCCCGUCGUCCUGCUCAGUCUCGGUGUCGGUGCAACACCCGUGGUCGCGAUCCUGGACUCGAUUGUCAAGUCGUCCUAUCCAUCUCGCCCCGUGAGCUAUAUCCACGGCGCGCGGCAUUCCGGGGCUGUGUGUUUCGGGAAGCACAUUCGUUCCAUCUCCAAGGACCACGGCGGCGUCACGUCGGUCCUGUUUAUCAAAAACACCAAAGAGGGCGACGAGUACACCUUUCCAGGGAGAAUGAACCUCGAUAGCCUGGAUCGGAACGCGCACUUGCGCCUUGACAGCGCAAAGGCAGAAUACUUUGCUUGCGGCCCGCCCGAAUGGAUGGUUCAGACCCGGGCCUGGCUGGCGGACCAUGGUGUAGAUCUGACGAGGAUUCACUUGGAGCUAUUUGGGACUGGCGGAAUUUAA